AAUGAAGGGUGUUAAACAACCACAAUACAGAAAUAUCAAUGCAAUGAUGAUGUAAAACUACAAAAAAGUUGCACAUAAAAUGCUGUGCAUGAUAAAAAAUACUUUAAAAAUACAUAUGUUUUUCUAAUUGUUUAACAAAAAUUUUUCUGGAAAUACAUGGAAGAGUGUUGCCUGUAGGAUUUUGUUCUGAACAAUGGUGAGUUUUUGAACCAAAAACCAAAUUAAAAUCCUGAUUUCUGAGUUUCAUGUUGAUCGAUCGCUGGUCAAGCAGCUGAAUGCGUCUCUAAUGCUACAGGUGCAGGAAAUGAAACACAAAAAUAUUUAAUAACUAAUAUCCACAAAUAUGCAUGUUUAGAUCCAAAUAAAAAUCUAAAGAGGAGUCUUCGUCUUUCAAUUUUGUGUUUGGUUUUCAGGGGUGUAAGGGGGCUUUUUGUGCCCUUGGGCCCUGCUGUGUUUCAUUCCGCCCCAUUGUAAAGUGGUUUACGUGCUUUUAUUUUGAAGAGGAUGCAGAAGGUACAGACCGGUUGGUGUCGGAGUACAGGAGGACGAGGAGACAUUUUUGUUAUCAUCUCACCUCACGGGAGCCUGAACCGCGGAUAGCUAGGUGAUAGCUUACCUCACGGGCAGCAGUGUGGACAGGAUGAGGACUUUCAGUCUGUGGGCUCUUCUUCCUCCCAUCUUCUCUGUGGGCACCGCUGCUGGACUGUGGAUGGUGUAAGUUCAUCUCAACUUUACACUUACUUCCCUCAAAAUCCCACAGAGACAAAGGAUGCAGGUCUCAUUCACUUUUUUUUCCCAAUAAAUCUGCUGUGUUCUCUCCUAGAAUAAAUGCUCCAUGAAUCCUUUUCUGUGGAAAAAACAAUCUUGCACGCCUGUUUCAGGGGGUAGGAGGGGAUAGGGAAACAACGGGAUAUCAAGUCUUACUCUUUAAUAAUUGUGAUAUGCAAAUGUCUCACAUCUGAUUGGCUAACACAACUCUUCUGUUGUCUUUGUUCACUCUUCUUUCUUGGAUUAAAAACACCAUGUUGAUGUUUUACCUCCACUAAUAACACAAGCCCGAACGUGUUCUUCAUGUUGUGGCGUUGUUGCUAAUGCUAAAGGUUAGCUUCUACUAGCCAAGAUGUGCUCUGCUCUCUCCUGGCCACAAAAUAAACCUAGCCUUCUAUCCAACUUAUUUUUGAGUAGCCUCAUGGAGAAACGCUGAUGCAAGCAACAUCCAGUAAGAUACCGAAAGUGGCGCAAACCCAAAAAAUUGUCUCAGGCAGCUCGGGAAGAUGUUGCACUGUCCGUGCUUGUACUAACAACUACAGAAAAUUUAUUUUGUAGCUACAAGAGCGAUAUUUAGAACAUGCACCGCCAGAGUGAGAGAGUGUGCGGCUGUGAGCGUCGGUACGGUUUUCACCACCUCCUCAGAGAUGAGGAACCCAAAAGGGUGUGGCUGAAAAAUCUUAACUUGAAAACCACCACAAACUUUUAUUUGUGCAUUCCUUUCAUUUUAUUGUGAAAUACUGGAGAGGAACACCCGUAUCCUACUUUGUUGCUGGAUAUGACAAACCUCCGGAGGGGCCACACCGAGUAGUCUUUGCCCUCCCUUCCCUGGGCGCCCUGCGUUGGUGCCUCGGUUGCUGCUGUCGGGGCAGAAGGCUCCCCUGAUGGCAUUUCCUUAACUUAUCUUGUCUGGCUCAUCUGAGCUCAGCCCAGUGUGUUCGAUUUUUUAUCUUAUGUCUUUGAGCGUGUGUGUGUGUGUGUGUGUGUGUGUGUGUGUGUGUGUGUGUGUGUGCGCGCGCAUGUCUGACGGUGAGUGUAAUGGGGGAUAUUAUUGUAAUAUUGCUUUUAUAUUUAUGGGGAGGGAGGGAAUGUGGGUAUGUGGGGUCAUCUUAAUUUGUAAAGCCAUUUGAGUUGCAUUUAUUGUAUGAAUGGAUUUAUCGAAAUCUGAGUGUGUACCUUUACCAGAGGAAACACUAGAAAGUUUUCUCCUGGUUGAGGCUGAAACUCUAGAUAAGGUUUUCUCUUCAGUAAGGCCCACCACAUGUCUGUUAGAUCCAGUUCCUACUUCGUUUUUAAGCCAUUUUAUGAAUAUUUUAUAGAUGAGAUUUUAACCAUGAUGAACUGUUCUCUUCAAACAGGGGUAUUUCCUGCUGCCUUUAAAGGGGCAGUGGUGAGGCCCCGUUGAAGAAGAGAAACUUAGAUUUUAGUGAUUUUAACAACUUCAGACCGAUAUCUAACUUACCAUUCUUAAGUAAAAUUUUAGAAAAGCUUGUUUUAAUACAGCUUAAUGAUUUUAUUAUUGCACAUAAUAUCCUAGAGAAAUUUCAGUCUGGUUUUAGAGUAAACCACAGCACUGAGACGGCCCUGUUAAGAGUUUUGAAUGACGUAAGAAUAAAUUAUGCACAGAAAGUGAUGGUUCUGGUUCUACUGGAUUUAAGCACUGCCUUUGACACAGUGGACCACAACAUUCUUUUAAACCGGUUAAAACACAUCGGCCUCUCUGGUGCUGUCCAUAAAUGGUUUACUUCGUAUCUCACAGACAGGACUUUUAUGGUACUUUGUUGCUCUUUACAAUGAAAAAGUUGUAGCUAUGAGUUCAGAGUACAGGGGAAAAAAUGGAUCACUGUAUCCUCCCUUCAUAAGUGUUACAGGCAACUUUCCACCAGCUAGCUGCUUCUUCAGCCAGGUCAUGAACAUGGGAGCAUUUUUAGGCUUUGUCAUCGGCCUCCUCAGAUAUCUUCAGCUGAAGAAGAAAAUAGAAAAACCUUGGCUAAACUAUGUCAGCGCAGCCGGUUUCCUUAUGGGCUGCUUUGGAAUGACACUUGUGGGAAACUUCCAGUUAUUUGAAGAGAUGCUGAUUCACAACAUCGGCACAUUGAUGACCUUUGGACUGGGGACGGUGUACUGCUGGAUGCAGUCUUACAUCACCCUGAAGGUUAACCUGAGCAAUGAGGGGAAGGCUGUCGCCAUUAUUCGCUUCCUGCUGUCUGCAGCCAUUACAAUUUGUGUUGCACUAAAAUAUGCUCUGUUGCUGAACCCUGACAAGAUGCAUGCAGCUCGAUGCCAGUGGGCUCUUGUCAUGUUCUUCCUCGCCUUCUUCGGCACUUUCAGUGUUGAGUUUCGUCACUUCCACGUGGACAUGACAGUAGACAAUUUAGAGCAUCCCGUCAGUCAGUUCGAGUCUUCUGAUGUUUUUAGACAGCACCUGGAGCAGCUGUAGGACUGUUACAGGUGUGUGUAUCAACACCAUAAACACUGCACCGAUUAGAGAAGCUAUGUUAUUGUUCUCAUCACUGGAGGGAAACGGUCACAUUUACAGGGUAUCCGCUAGCCUGGCAAGCCAGACUAAAUAAAUGUAUUAUUUAGUCUGGCAACGCUCCAUUAACGGCUCUCGGUUGUGGGGCGGGUUCUAUUGUUGUCUUUCAAAUGAUCUCCGCAUGCUACUGUACAAAGAAUGUGACAUACUCACUGCAACAGCUAUCGGUAAAUGAGGCGGUCCACAGUUGAAGAAGGAGAAAAUACAUCAUUUUUUCAAAAAAAAAAAAAAGCACUUAAAUACUAGCCUGGCAAGCCAGACUAAAUAAUACAUUUAUUUAGUCUGGCAACCAACGCUCCAUUAACGGCUCUCGGUUGUGGGGCGGGUUCUACCAUUGUCUUUCAAAUGAUCUCCGCAUUCUACUGGACAAUGAAUGUGACAUACUCUUGUUUCACUCUGUUGCAUCAUCCCACCCACCAGGCACAUAGAGUGCCCUGAUUGGCCCACGAAGCGGAUAAAGCUCUGUGAUUUGUUCACUAAGCAGAUAGAGCACUAUGAUUGGCCCACCAUUAUGGACCAAUCACAGCUCUUUAUGUGUUUGAAACCCCUCUAGAGAGCUGUGAUUGGCCAGCCAGAAUGCUGUUGGGGGCUGCGGAGUUUCCAGUGGAGCAUUCCUACACCAAACUUUGCAAAGCAAGAAUUUGGUCUAGUUCACUAGGCUAGGUAUCCGCGACAUCGUGAAAAGUCCUUAAUUGAUUUAAGGAAAAUUAAGCCGCUUAAACAGUCUUGAAAAGCUGAGUUUAUGUUUUCAAAGUUCAACAUAAAUACAGACAGUAUUUAAUCCUGUUAAAACAUAAUAUUUGCAACAUGAAUAGUUUCUUUCUCUGGCCACCAGUAUGCUACAGCCUUACGCAUUUAAAGUUUAUUGAUGUGGCUGCCAGGAGUUUAAGGAUGCUGGAAUACAAACACGAGAUAAUUUAUAAUAUUGUUGUGACACUUCUGCAGCACUAAAGCACAGACAGAAUGACCUUUUACUCUUAGCAGUGGUUUAUUAAACUACAGCAGUAAACCGUUGAGACGCUCCAGCUCUCACUAACGCUAAACAUCUAAUCACAACCAAUCAGAGCAGCAGCACUCAUGAACAUAUACCAAUAACCUCUUAAAGGUGUGAUUGACUGAAAAAAAAAACAUUUUUAAAUGCUUUUUCUGAAUAUAUUCAGUCACUCUGAGUGUUUCAUGCAGGCUGAACAUGAAAAUAGUCUCCUACAUCUAUCUCCUGCAUUAGCUUCUGAUAGGAAAUAAGAUGGUUAAACUCUAGGAUUUGAAAAGUCUGACAGAUCUAUGUCACUUAACAUUCAUGGACUCACCCAUCCUGACACACAACAGGGAAGGCUGUUGUUGGAUUAGCAACGUUUAGCACGGAGGAGACAGUAGAGCAUGUCUCGGCUAGUAGAACCUAACUGUUAGCAUUAGCAACUCCACCACAGCUUCCAGGCUGAAGUGCAUGGUGCCUACAGUGAAACGUGGUGGCAGUGUCAUUAUGUGGGGCUGCAUGAAUGCUGCUGGUGUUGGGGAGCUGCACUGCAUUGAUGGUAUCAUGAACUCAACAAUGUUCUGCUCUAUACUGAAGAUGUUCCGUCAGAUAAAAGAAAUAAUCUGGACAGCAACAUGGUUUGGGUGGUGUACCUGACUCAAAAGUAGUGAGGUGAUUAGCAGACCAUCUAAGUCAGCUUCACUUUUAUCAGUAAGUAAAAUUAUACUUCUGGGCUUUAUUUCACUGGCUGAAUGGGGUAAAAGGCUGCGUGAUCAAACUGGUAUGAAGUAUGAUGGUAGGGCUGGGUAGACCUGCGGCCAGAGAAGUGGCAGCAGUCCCACUGAGUCAAGUAUUACCUUUUAAACACUGGAAGGCAUUUUACCUAAAACUAAGCCAGGAUCUGCUUUGUCACUGGAAGAAAAGAAUUAUGACAGAAGGUCUGGAUUUAAUUUGAAUUUAUUUUCCAACAGUAAAACCAAAAGUGUUUGGCUUCACAGCAGCAAAUGUUGUAGCAGUUUUACAAUUUGUGUUAAAUGACCCUUUAAUUGUGUAAACGGAGCACGUUUGACUGAGUGAAAUUAACGUUUCCUAUUGGUUAAAACUUUAUUUCCCAAAGAAAACCACCUAAGGAUUGUUUUUCUUAACAUCCACAAUACUCGUAAACAACACAGAUGGCACAUUUUACACACACCAUUCACCUGAUGGCAGAGAAAUUAAGACUAACUCGUUUUUCACUAGAGCAUUUUCUCCGAGUUCCAUUUUCAGAACAUCUGUUUUCUAAUACAGGUGCAGAAAAUUAAAAGUGACAAAUACAGCAUCCACAUUUACAGAUGGAAAACAGUAGUCAAAACAGAAAAAUUCACCUAAAAGCUUAAAAAGGUACGGUAACCUCACUGUUUAUGUGCAGCUUUCUUCAGGCCAGUUUGUGUUUAGGCCACACAGCACCGUCGACGGUUCAGACAACGACAUCCGUGACCUGGGCCUUAGGCCUGUAACCCUCCCACUGUCCUAAUGGGUGUGACCCCGCGAGGAAAGUUGACCAUUGAGGAGGGUUGAUGGUUUGUCCCUUGGGUCCACGUGGCAGGGGUGAGGAGUGAGCACCACCUCACUCCAGCCACGUGGAUCUCAAGGGAUAAACCAUCAGUCCUGCUCAAUGGCCAACUUUCCUCACGGGGUCACCCAUAAAGACAGUGGGAUGGGUAAGCAUACUUGAGUCCAAUUCACAACACCAACAAAGAGGUAUAAGAAAAAUAGGGAGGUGCAAAGAAAAGGAUCAUCUCAAAGUUCUCUCUUCCUGCAUUAAGCUCGACCAAUCAGCUGAAGCUGACUAAAGGAGGUAAUGAGGUUGUAGCUGGCGCUCUCCUCAUCCGUCAGCUCCAUGUUUCCAGGUCUGACCACCACCAGGACGUUCAUGCUGGCUUCUUCUGCUGCUUUAGCCUCUGCAAUCACAAAAGUACGAGUCAGAACAGAAAUAAAACUGAGUUCGACUGCAGGGACUUUUCCCACCUGCAAACAACUGAACCAGUAACACUUGUGGCAAAACCAGUUUGUUUCUGUUUCUUUUCCACAUCAUGAGAAUAGGUGAGGACAUCCAAAUUGUUCCUAAUUUAUCAGAGUGACUCAUGAAGACUGAGGAGACACAGUGCUAUCAAACCUGAAGCUCCAGAGGAGGAACCAUUUAUAAAUGGUUAUAAUGCUUAUAAAUUUUUACUGGUGUGUGUGUGUUUUAAUGUUUUUAAACUGUUAUGGGAAUUAGGGGUAAUUUUGUAAAGCACUUUGAUAAGUGCUUUAUAAACAAAAUCUGAAUAGAUUGGUUGGUUGAUUGAUCGGUUGAUUGAUUGAUUGAAAAUGAACAUAAUAGAUAGUAUGCCGCCAAAACUUAAAAAAAGAGAAGAAAAAGAAAACAUUUAACUCAUUCACUGCCAAUGACGACUUAAGUCAUCAUUUGCAUUUUUUUACUGUGUGGGCGUCGGAACGAGCCCCCGCACCGUGAGAACAAACAUCUCAGCUCUGAAGCCGAUCUUCAUCCGCAUACGUCACACGUCACGUGAUCAGGAAGCAGAAAAUCCAUGUGUUAGGAGAUUGUUUUGGGCCGCUGCUGUAAACAAAAAGUGAGGCGCAAACCAGAAAAGCGUCUGCCGAUCACAAUUCAACAACGGAUUAUGAAAGAACGGAUAACGCUCGAAACGCGCGGAUUCUUCCUGAUGUGAGAGGUGAGUCUCCGCUUUGUUUUGGUUGUUUUGCCGUCGACAUCAUCCUAGCGCACAACGUUCUAUCACUCUUAAGAAAACAGUAAAAAUGGUGAAAAACACUGGCAGCGAAGGGCUUUACUGAUCAGGAAACGGCUGGCAGUGAAUGAGUUACGGUGUAAAGGUAGCUGAACGGGGCUUUAAAUGAGUAAAUCUGAUCAAAUAAAUAACUGAAAAAGUAUCUUCAGCUUGCUCUGACAGAAUGAAUCAUCUUAACAUUACAGGAGUCAGUAUCACCACUCAUUUACUGAAAAUGUUCCCGUGUCUUAUCAAACGGAGUUGCUUGGAUGUUUACGCAUCUUUACCUCUGAUCACGUCUGUUAGGAAAGUGAUUUCCUCAGGACGACAGCCGAUCCGCUCAGCGAUCCUCCCGUAGCUUUUGGCAUCAACUUUAGCUCCUAUCGUUGUGUCGAAGUGGCCGUCAAAUAACUGAAAUGAUCCAAGUCCAAAAUAUCAGAAACACUGUCUAAAACCCUGAACUGAUAAAUAAAAUAAAAAAGUAUCUCACCCCUAAUUCACACUGGAGGCAUCAGCGGCACAAGACAUUUCUGCUUCAAGUAAAUGGCCUGUAUUUGAUACAGCGCCUUCUAGAGUCCUGGAACCCCCCAAGGCACUUUACAACACAAUCACCCAUUCACACGCGGGUGAUGAUGAGCUACAUUGUAGCCACAGCUGCCUUGGGGCGCGCUGACAGAGGCGCCACCAGUCCCUCCCUCUAUUACAGUAUAUGGUUGAUCCAAACCGGCCGCGGUGUGGAACGCCACAGAAGUGGCUCGCUGUGCCACCAAAGAUAGGGUUGGGAUUUGUUAUUUUUCGCAAGCCGCUUCUGUGAUGUAUUAUUUUUCACAGUUAACAUAGGGCUAGACAGGAAAUCACACUGGUAGUUUUCAAAAUAAAAGACUACUGCAGAGAUGUGAUUUCUUAUUUAUGUAGAUACAUGUGACCCAACGGCGUAUUCACUCCCAGCAUCGUUCGAGAAGUGCAACGGCAAGUUUUUCAUGGCUUAAAUCCUCACAUUAAAGAGGAACAACAUAUGUGGCAUCAAACAGUGAUCUCCUUCUUCUUAGUUUAAAGAGCAAGUCACGCCCAAAUUCACUUUUUUUUUGCUGAUAAACUAUAAAUGAGUAUCUAAUCGUGCUGUCGAUACAUGCAGUCAAUAAUUUGGCACUUUAAUGCAUCUUGGUUAAAAUUUAAAUAUUCUGCCUAAAACUGUCAGUGCUGCGCCCUCUUCAGGUAAAAACUGCACUGCAUUUGAAUUAAAAUCUGCCACCGCUAUUGGCUAAGAGGUACACUAUGACAUUAGCUGGUACAUUAUGAUGUUACAAUGCCGUGAGCCUGCGUGUGUAUGAAUUUAUUAGCAGCUCCGCCCUCUUGGUCUGCCAGGCAACAGCAUUUGUUGCAUUUUUCAAACAGUAAGUGGCAGUGUAGCAAGACUGGUAGGGGGUGACUUGCUCUUUAAUGGCGGAUUACAUAAACAAACCGUGACCUUUGAAGUCUCGAGGGAUUUUUUCGUUUUGCAAGUACAGCGAGGAGGACGACGGUGAUGCUGCACCGUGUCUGAGAUGCUCCCUAGCAACGAAACCGUUCUGCACCGCUGACGCCUCCAGUGUCGACUCGGGUCAGAGACCCUGUUUUUGUAAAGCUUGAGAAUUGUUCAUCUUGUAGCCAAAGACAGUGAAUAUGAACGAAAAGCUUGUGUAAAAACAAGGAGUUACUUACAUCUAGAACGUCUCCUUCCACCGAGUAUCCAAACAGGAGUUUCUGAGCCUCUACGCUUCCAGAUGAGUAAAUGUAGACUUUCAGGCCAUGUUCUCGCCACAUUCUGAUGGAUGGAAUCACAUCUGGGUAGAUCCUGUUAGAAAAAGACAUUUUAAAAACAUUUCAUGCAUUUUCAAAGUUAAGAACAUCAAGCUUGUUACUGGCUGUACUGGAUUCACAAACUUAUUUUUCAUUAGCAGCAGAACCUGGAAAAUCAUUACACUUUGACCACAUUGGAUAAAAAAAUAAUAAUAAUAAGUCCCUUUUUCCAAACAUAUAAUGAACAGAACUGGUUUGUCAGUUUUAAUCAUCUCCUCCUCCACCCUGCCCUGGCUGACGCACACACACUAGGUGUCGCCGGUUCCCUCCGACCACCAACGUCAGGCCGGGCAAAUAAAAGUCUUGCCCAAAGACAUGACAACUACAAGAGAAUGAGCGGAGUGCGAACCUGCAACCCUAAACAUUAACUAAAUAAUACGUGUUCAAACCUGGGGAGCAGAGGAAAUCAGAUCUAUGAACCACAGAAUCUCCUGGCAGCAAACCUGCUCCAUCCUGUUCCAAGUUGAGGCAGAACCUGUUCACGAUAAAUGAAAGUGAGCAAACCGACUAGUGUACUUACUCGCCUUUGAUUCUUCCAGAGGUAUAAGCCGCUCUCCACAUGUGACCCUGGAGCUGUUUGAGGGCGGUGGACUUCCUGUCUGCCGCCAUCUGCCACAUUACAUUCUCCACAACCUCCCUGAUGGCCUUCUCCUCGUCUGUGUGGACGGUCUGAUCCACCGUGUGGACCGGACAUGAUCGGUUCUGCCUCAUGUCCUCUUCAAUCUGCAACAGUAAUCAGGAGUUUCUAUUGACAACGUAUUUAAAGACACGGGGAUGAAAAAGAACAUUUGUGCUGUGGUUUUAAAUACUUUAUUUCCUUUAAAUAUUCUUGUAAGACAUCACUAAAGUGUUUGUUUCAUGCCAGUAUAUUCAGCUGGAAAGCCAAUUACACAUUGAAUUACAACACAUAAAUGUAAGACCACAUUUAGGAAGUGGCUGAAGUUGAUUCAUUUAAAAAAUAAAUACAACGUAAGAUUUUAUUUGUCUUAUGAUGAUGUAUGAGGGCUACUUAGAAGAGGCAAAAAAGGAGCAUGGGAUUUAAGUCCUGACAAAAGCCAAAAGGUUUCUUGAGAAUAUAAAACAUAUGACAUUAAACUUUAACGAUUUCUUUAAAGUGAGGAUGCGGUUUAUUGACUGUCUGCACUCACUGGCCAUCCUCUCCGCAGAGGCACUCAAAGAACUUCUUCAAAUCCUUCACAAUAAAAGCCUCGAACAUAAACAUUUACCUGGAAUCAUUUCAACAGACCGUUAUAAAAACAAUAAAACAUUCUCACAAUAAACGUCCUUCGAAUAAUACCUUUUUAUUCCUGGGUUCAACGUUUUUCUGGACAUUUCAACUUAAAUCUCAGCACUUUUUCCCUCUCAGUGAUCCUAACACAGCAUCUUAGUGUACUCAGUCUUGUUUUACAUAGGUUGUAGAAUUUUUGUAUGAAACUAAACACGUAUAUAUAAUGUUUAUACUGUGGCAAAUAAUUAAAAUAAAUGAGAUUAUGAAUGUCAU